CCACUCUACAGGUGUUCUUAAUUAAACCUGACCGUUCGUUAUGGUUCGUGUCGUUUGUCUAAACAUGCUUUACCUGCUCGUUUCGGUUUACCUGCUGCUGUCCUGCACCGGCGGCGGACCGCGCGCCGUCAAGGCUUUCAAUCAAACCGACCUCGUAAUAGAAGCGCUGAGGAGAGUUUUUCGGGACAAACCGCCUCCUCCGCCGCAGCCCAGGCUUCACGGUGUUCCAAUGUUUACGGACUCUCAUCAGGACCAACCCUCCCCACCCAGAGGCAACGGGCAGGGGGCAGUCUCCGAGCCCGUGCGUGAGCUCCUGCUCCCGGUUUGGCCCGACAUCAGUCCUCGCAGCGCCUCGGCGGUGACCGUGCGCACGUCGUGCGCGCAGAGCAGGAUGCAGCUGCAGGUGGACCGGAGCAUCAUCGGUUCCGAGGAGCCGGAUUCUCUGCUCAGGCUGGGGACGUGUCGAGUCAGUCGGUCCACGGAGACUCACCUUUACUUUGACUACGACCUUAGCAUGUGUGGAACCAAACGCACGACAAUUGAUAACCGGAUGGUGUACUUUAAUGUGCUGCAUUAUAACCCACCGAAGCCCAGAGGACCAAUCAGACGAGCUUUACCCUUCAGCCUGCCUGUUGCAUGUUACUUCAGUAGGUACAUUCAUACGUACAAAGUUGGCCACACACCAACGGUGCAGAUCCAUGAAGUUUCCAAUCAAAGAAAGAACAUAGCCAAAGUCACGCUGACGGCACGAAACGCUGAGUGGGAAAAAUUUUCCCCGUCAGAUCACUUUGUGAUCGGGGAUUCCUUACACUUUGAGGCGAAGGUGUCGACUUUGUCCCAACACGAAAGACUCUACGUCCACACUUGUUACAUAUCUCGAGACCAGUCGCACACCGCCACCCCUCAGUUUCCGAUCAUGAAAAACUAUGGCUGCAUGGUUGAGAAGAGAACCGGCCGCUCCAGAUUCAUCAAGCACAAUGACGAUGCUGUCAGGUUCUCUGUGGAUUCAUCCUCAUUCAAAGGGAUGACAGGACAGCCGCUCUACAUGCACUGCAUCGUUUCUGUGGAAGAUUCAGCUCCCACACCAUCAGCCAAGUCCUGCAGCUACAACACAAAAGACAGAAAGUGGGUGGAGUUAUUUGGACCGGAUUCAGUGUGCGACUGCUGCGACUCCAUCUGCAGCUCCACAGCACCAACAGAAAUGCAAGUUAUGAGCAGCAGACCUUGGAGCAUAGAGUCCAAAGGGAAAGGGGUUUCCUCCAUGAAGAGGAAGAGCGUACCGGACAGUCCUCUGACAACAGAAGCACCACGGCUGGAGCCGGGUGAGCAGAGCUGGAGGUCGUGGCCUGCAGAACCGGCAGAAAUGCUGAUGGGUAAGGUGGAGCAGCUGCGGAGGGGGCUGGACUGGUCGUUCGGGGAUGGAGGGGUGUCGUGGUUUGAUGAAGCUGAGAAGAAGCAUGUGAAAGGAUCUGCUGUUGUGGAGGAGGAAAAGAUCACAGAACCCCACCGAAUCUUUGAAGAAAUCUUCCGUUUUGACGAACCAGUUCCUGCUUAAAUAUGUUUAUGCAAAGAAUGUCUACUAAACUUUUAUUUUCUGUUAGCAAAAAACAUUCAGUUGAGUAUUUCAAGGGUAUGAUUGAACCUGUGUCGAUUUAAUUAAAUGCAAAGUUGGAUUAUUCAGAAUUUGU